AGCGGAAGUACAAGUCGAGGUCGUCGGAGAAACAUGGCGGCCCGCAUAAGGCUGUCCUUGCUGGUUCCAAAAAACUCAUCUCUACUAGGAAUCCAAAGGCGUGUUCACACCGAAACCGCCGCCAAGGAGCCCGCCUACCCCCCCAUAGUCGCCUCUCUCACGGCGAAAAGCAAGUCGGCCCGGCUGCGGCAGGUCGAGGAGCAGGUGAAGAAGAUCCGCGCCUCGCCCCUGGAGGAGAAGCUGUCCCUCAUCACUCGCAUCCAGCGCAAGAAGUUUGUGGUGUAUCCCCAAACCUUCGCCCGGAACGCGGACAGAUGGUACCAGCACUUCACCAAGACCGCAUACAUCCCGGGACUACCCGAGAAAUUCACCGCGGCGGCGGCGGACGGACCGGACGCUCCGGCCGGGACUCGAGCUGCUGUGCCGGGCAUAGAGGAUGAGGCGUUUGCGGAAAUCCGCUCGUUGGUGCAGCGUGUGAUCCUGCAGGAGCACUGGCACGUAAAGAGACGCAGACCUUUCCUGUACAGACACCAGCAGCAGACCGUCGGACCUUUUCUCAGAAACCUGGUGAAGGAACUGACCCUCCGUGUGGCCCUGCACAACCCGCCGCUGCUCCACUCUAGUCUGGAUUUCAGUCCUGCGGUGAACUUUUAUUGGAGGAGAGGUCAGAGAAUCAUCCCAAAGGGUCACCGGAGAGGUCACCUGGAGCCGACCAGGUUCCAGAUCGACGACCGACCGCUCUGCCAGAUCAGGAUAACCGAGCGACUGCCUCAGUUUGCUCCGCUGGAGUCUUCAUAUGAAGCCGAGGUGCCAGAGGUCAACUUAAGACCCGACCUGAUGCCCUUGUUCAGACGACAGUAUGACAACCACAUUUUUACAGGUGCGAAGCUGCCAGACCCGGCGUGCUACGGCCACACUCAGUUCCACCUGGUGCCUGAUCAGUUCCACAGAGACCGCAUGGCUCGGCUGCAGCAGUCUGACCAGGUGGAGGUCUUCCUGCGAGCCAACGGGCUCGCCAGCCUCUUCGCCUGGACCGGGGCUCAGGCCAUGUACCAGGGUUUCUGGAACCACGAGGAUGUGGACCGGCCUUUCGUAUCCCAGGCCGUGAUCACAGACGGUCACUUCUUCUCCUUCUUCUGCUACCAGCUCAACACCGUGGCGCUCUCCGUGGAGACGGACGCCAACAACCCCAGGAAGAACCUGCUGUGGGGGUCCGAGUCGCUGCGACUGUAUGAGCGGGUUGAGGAUGGGGAGGUGGUGGGCCUGAACGACCACGUCCUCGCACUGCUGGUUCACUUCCUCAUGAACCGGCCGUAGAGGCACGCAGCGAGUGAAUGUUUCAUCAGGAGGCGAAAAGAGGGAAACUUCCACCAGGAAAUUAAACGAAAAAACACUUACACACAUUUAUAAACAGUGCAGAGCUCUGAUCGAUCAGAAAGCAACGUGUGAGUAAUCACUGCAGACUUAGUGCACAUCAGUCAUUGUGAAGGAGCGUUCUCCCGCCCACAGCAGCUGCAGCCUGGGCCGAACGAUCAGAACCGAAGCUGCUGCAGUGAAACGCCACGUCAGUGCAGCAGACGUGCUGAACAGUGUUGUGAAUGUGACCUUGAUGUCUUUCAUGGGCCGCAAGUUAUUUUGCAGGAUGUAUUUAUGAAGAAUAAAAUUGCUCAUUUCAAACCCACAGCUCUUCCUCACAUUAAUGAAAACAUGUUAGAUUUAUGAGUUUUUAGCUCGGCAUUACUGCAACAUGGUUGGAAGUCAUGAAGUCUCAAAUAUUCACUCUCAGUAGAAAAUGUUCUCACCUCAAGGUAAUCCCACCAUACUUGAAAUAUGAAAUAUGAAAAAGCCUUCAUGGUCUGUCUUUGACCAUGUUCUCUUUGACUGUUUAACUUGUGUAAAUAUUACAGAUGUUUCCAUCUUUUUGCAUUAAACUGCAGUAAUUUUAUGGCAAAUUCUCUGUGGAACACUAGUUUUGGUGUUAAAUUAUCUGUAAGCAUAACGUACUCAGAAUGUUUGAAUCCAGGUCAAGAGA